UCCAGUUGCACCACAUGCAAGACCGUAUGCCAUCUACAAGCUCCCAACUUCAAGAUACGUGACACAACCCAGUUCCAGGUGCACAACACGAAGUGUGAAACAGCAUCCUCAUAACCCCGCAGCUAGCUGCCGCGUUCUUUCUCCAUUACCUGUGCUCAUCAACAGCUGGUCUUAUCUGAAGAGCACAAGCAGCCCGAAGCCCGAAGCUUGUGUCUGCCACACCUCCUACCUACGCUUCCAAACUCUAGUAGUCUCUAGAUCACCGAUCCCUUCCAAUUGUACGCUAAGAACAGAAGAUUCUAUAUUCAACCCAAGUGCCGAUUAGCUCGAAUGGACCCAAUCGCUGUAAACUCGUCAAAUUCCCUGGUGGACGGGGGCAAGCUCGCGGGAGAUGAUAUUCCCAGGGACGGAACCGGAGUUCUGAAGCUCGACCCUUGGCUUUCACCCUUCCAAGACUCCUUGAAGCGACGCUUUGCCAAGGCCCAAGAAUGGAUCAAGAGAAUCGACGAGACCGAGGGAGGACUGGCCAAGUUUAGCAAGGGGACGGAGCUCUUUGGACUGCAGGUGAAGGAUGAUAAUACAAUCGUCUACAGAGAGUGGGCGCCCAAUGCCGUGCAGGCCUCGCUUAUUGGCGACUUCAACAAUUGGGAUAGGAAGGCGAACCCGAUGACGAAGAACGAGUUCGGUGUCUUUGAAAUCACGGUGCCCCCAACGGCCGAUGGGAAACCAGCAAUCCCACACAAUUCCAAGAUCAAGAUAUCCCUCGAGCUCCCAACGGCAGAAUGGGUCGACAGGCUCCCUGCCUGGAUCAAAUAUGUCACGCAGGACCUCUCCGUUUCCCCCGCCUACGACGCUCGGUUUUGGAACCCCCCAGCGGAGGAGAGAUAUGUCCCGAAACAUUCCCGACCCAAGAGGCCGGGAAGCCUGCGCAUCUAUGAGGCGCACGUCGGUAUCUCCUCGCCCGAGCUGAGAGUCGCGACUUACAAGGAGUUCACCAAGAACAUGCUUCCACGCAUCAAGAGUCUGGGCUACAACGCGAUCCAGCUCAUGGCCAUCAUGGAGCAUGCAUACUACGCCAGCUUUGGCUACCAGGUAAACAACUUCUUUGCUGCUAGCAGCAGGUACGGUCCGCCAGAGGACCUGAAGGAACUCGUCGAUGUGGCUCACAGUAUGGGUCUCGUCGUGCUGCUUGAUGUCGUGCACAGCCAUGCCUCCAAGAAUGUGCUCGAUGGACUGAAUCAAUUUGACGGCACCGACCACCAGUACUUCCAUGAGGGUGGCCGGGGAAGGCAUGAGCUCUGGGACAGCAGGCUCUUCAACUACGGUCACCACGAGGUCAUGAGAUUUUUGCUCAGCAACUUGCGCUUUUGGAUGGAUGAAUAUCAAUUCGAUGGGUUCCGCUUCGAUGGCGUGACAAGCAUGCUGUAUCUCCAUCACGGCAUUGGAACCGGCUUUUCCGGCGGAUACCACGAGUACUUCGGUGCCAGCGUUGAUGAGGAGGCAGUCGUCUACCUCAUGCUAGCCAACGAGAUGCUUCAUCAACUGUAUCCGGAAGUCAUAACCGUGGCUGAAGAUGUUUCCGGCAUGCCUGCGCUGUGCCUGCCCCUCUCACUCGGAGGUGUUGGGUUCGACUACAGGCUGGCCAUGGCCAUUCCCGACAUGUGGAUCAAGAUCUUGAAGGAGUUGAAAGACGAGGACUGGGACAUAGGCAACAUUUGCUGGACCCUGACUAAUCGUCGCCACGGAGAAAAGACCAUUGCAUAUGCCGAGAGCCACGAUCAAUCACUGGUUGGAGAUAAGACGCUCAUGAUGCAUCUCUGCGAUGCCGAGUUGUACACCAACAUGUCGGUUCUCGGACCCCUCACCCCGGUGAUUGACCGGGGCAUGGCGCUGCACAAGAUGAUCCGCCUCUUGACGCAUGGCCUCGGAGGCGAAGGUUGGCUCAACUUUGAGGGGAAUGAGUUCGGACAUCCCGAAUGGCUUGACUUCCCGCGAGAGGGCAAUCAGAAUUCGUUUUGGUACGCACGGCGCCAGCUGAACCUUACAGAGGACCAUCUCUUGCGUUACCAGUUCCUCAACAACUUCGACCGCUCCAUGAACCUCUGCGAGGAAAAGUAUGGCUGGCUGCACGCGCCCCAAGCCUACAUCUCGCUCAAGCACGAGGGCGACAAGGUGAUUGUCUUUGAGCGCGCCGGUGUGGUGUUUGUGUUCAAUUUCCACCCUACCCAGAGCUUCACAGACUACCGCAUCGGCAUCGAGGUUCCUGGAACGUACCGCAUCGUCCUGAAUACAGAUACCAAGGAGCAUGGCGGGUUCAACCGCAUUGACCAAAACACGCGAUUCUUCACGGAGAAGCUCGAGUGGAAUGGCCGUAAGAACUGCACGCACGUUUAUAUUCCGUGCAGGACAGCUUUCGUUCUGGCGCUCGAGUCAAGUAUUUCGCAGAAUCCGCCCUUAAUCAUCGUCAAGAUGUUCAAGAGCGGCAUUUCCGCCUUCGCCCGGACAGCCCGUCCUUCCUUCGCGGCGGCGACCCGUCGCGCCGUUCGCCCGGCUAGCCUCAACAUCAAGGCCCCGAUUUUCAGCAGAUUUGCCAGCACUGCCGGCGUCGGUGACGGCAAGAUCUACCAGGUUAUCGGUGCCGUCGUCGAUGUCAAGUUCGACACCGACAAGCUCCCUCCCAUUCUCAACGCGCUUGAGACCGACAACAAUGGCCAGAAGCUCGUGCUCGAGGUCGCCCAACAUCUCGGCGAGAACGUUGUGAGAUGUAUUGCCAUGGACGGUACUGAGGGUCUCGUCCGUGGUGCCAAGGCUUCUGACACUGGCGCUCCCAUUACCAUCCCUGUUGGCCCUGCCACUCUCGGCCGUAUCAUGAACGUCACUGGUGACCCGAUCGACGAGAGGGGACCUAUCAAGUCUGAGAAGCGGCGCCCGAUUCACGCUGAGGCACCGGAGUUCAUCGACCAGUCGACAACGGCUGAGAUUCUGGUUACCGGUAUCAAGGUCGUGGAUCUCCUCGCCCCUUACGCUCGUGGUGGAAAGAUCGGUCUCUUCGGUGGUGCCGGUGUCGGCAAGACCGUGUUCAUCCAGGAGCUCAUCAACAACAUCGCCAAGGCCCACGGUGGUUACUCCGUCUUCACUGGUGUCGGCGAGCGCACCCGUGAGGGUAACGAUCUGUACCAUGAAAUGCAGGAGACUUCCGUCAUUCAGCUUGAGGGCGAGUCCAAGGUCGCGUUGGUCUUCGGCCAGAUGAACGAGCCCCCCGGAGCCCGUGCCCGUGUUGCCUUGACCGGUUUGACUGUUGCAGAGUACUUCAGAGACGAAGAAGGACAAGACGUGCUUCUUUUCAUCGACAACAUCUUCAGGUUCACGCAAGCCGGUUCCGAGGUGUCAGCCCUUCUGGGACGCAUUCCCUCUGCCGUCGGUUAUCAACCCACCCUCGCCGUCGACAUGGGUGGUAUGCAGGAGCGUAUUACCACGACCAAGAAGGGCUCGAUUACCUCCGUCCAGGCCGUCUACGUGCCCGCUGACGAUCUGACGGAUCCCGCCCCGGCCACCACCUUCGCCCACUUGGACGCCACCACCGUCUUGUCCCGUGGUAUCUCCGAGUUGGGUAUCUACCCCGCCGUCGACCCCCUCGACUCCAAGUCCCGUAUGCUCGACCCCCGCAUUGUCGGCCAGGAGCACUACGAGGUUGCCACCCGUGUCCAGCAGAUCCUCCAGGAGUACAAGUCCCUCCAGGAUAUCAUUGCCAUUCUUGGUAUGGACGAACUGUCGGAAGCCGACAAGCUUACCGUCGAGCGCGCCCGUAAGAUUCAGCGUUUCCUGAGCCAGCCUUUCACUGUCGCUCAGGUCUUCACUGGUAUCGAGGGUAAGCUCGUCGACCUCAAGGACACGAUUGCCUCGUUCAAGGCCAUCCUCAACGGCGAGGGCGAUGACUUGCCCGAGGGUGCCUUCUACAUGGUUGGUGACUUUGCGUCGGCGCGGGAGAAGGGCGAGAAGAUCCUGGCUGAGCUUGAAAAGAGCUCUUAAUCUCGGGGUGUUUAAAAUCAGGAAAGAUCCGGCGGCCUGUGUAUAGAAGCGAACGGUUCCGGGAAGUUCCCUAGCUCAGUCAAGCUUUCAUUUGUGAGCUGUGUACCAAUCAAGUCAUUUCCUCUGUCUACGUUCUGCUUGAAUGACUUAAACCAUGAAGGUAUCAACCCGCACUUGAAAUGCGCACC